GAUGGCUGCAGGAAGCAGGAAGUGACUGCAGCUUCUGCUCUACGAGCUCCUGAAACCGGAAGCGUUAACGGGGAAAAAAAGUUGUAAACAAACCCACCGGGUGUGCUUAUUCCGGUACGGGACACGACUGUCAGACAGCAACCGCAGGCGGCCCCGGGUUCCUGGUGGAGUGAAGACCCUGGGGAGAAGUCCCGGAAGUAGAGGAACCUCUGUGGUAUUCAUUAAUCCAGACCCACUGAUGCCAUGAUACCUCAAGGAUCCUAAUGCCCUGCACGGUGUCUGUGAUGGACGGGGGGGGGAGAUACCCACAACUUGAGUCGCAACACGGAGCCAGCGGAAUGUGCUCGGCUGCUGCCAUGCAAUACCAGCCCACCUUGUCUGAUGUGGAGACCCCGGUGCUGGCUGGUACCCAGUGGACACAUUACUCAUAUUCACCUGCUCAUUGCUUGCCCCAUGCUCCUAUCACCAGCUCAGAUCCAUUACAUUAUAAUGGUCAGACAGAAUAUUACAGCAGGAACUAUUCCGCCCCGUUCUCGAACUACUUCUCUGACAGCCAGGCCUACGUUCAGGACCCUCCCCCAUAUUUUAAUGAGUUAUCCAACCACUCCAUCCUCUCUUCCCCGGAUUCUUUAUCUGACAUUAAGGACACUCAGGACUUUCUGCCGAUUGACAGUCUCAGCAAUGUACCGACAAUAUGGGAUAUCAUGCCACAAGACACCAGCACUACAUCGCUUCUUUCCUCCAGUCGCCCCUUUCUGGGCCUGGACAAGUUUGAGGACCUGCAAGCCAUAAUUAAUACUCCAUCAGUGCAGCAGCGGUCGUCAAAUCCUGUAGUAGAAGAAGAGGAGGAUGACGAUGAAGAUGCUGAGGAGCUGGGGCACACGGAGACCUAUGCAGAUUACAUGCCUUCUAAAUCCAAACUAGGUAUCCAGCACCCCGACCGUGUAGUGGAGACCAGCACCCUCUCCAGCGUCCCUCCUCCAGACAUUACCUACACUCUUUCCCUUCCCAGUUCUAUUGUCGAGAAAGGGCUAUUGUCUGCUUUACAGCUUGAAGCCAUAGUGUACGCGUGUCAGCAACAUGAAGUGGUCCUUCCCGGUGGCCAACGAGCUGGAUUUCUCAUUGGAGAUGGAGCUGGCGUGGGAAAGGGACGGACUGUUUCUGGGAUCAUAUUAGAAAACUUCUUAAAGGGCAGGAAAAAAUCUCUUUGGUUUAGUGUAUCCAAUGACUUGCGGUGUGAUGCAGAGCGCGACUUGAGAGACAUUGAGGCCAGUUGUGUUCCAGUGCACGCUCUUAGUAAGAUAAAAUAUGGAGACACAUCUGCAUCUGAAGGUGUACUAUUUGCAACCUAUUCAGCACUUAUCGGAGAGAGUCAAGCUGGAGGUCAACAUCGGACUCGAAUUCGACAGAUUAUAGACUGGUGUGGAGAGAACUUUGAUGGAGUUAUUGUGUUUGAUGAAUGUCACAAAGCUAAGAAUGCCUCAUGUACUAAAAUGGGCCGUGCAGUUUUAGAGCUACAGAACAAUUUGCCUUUGGCACGUGUUGUGUAUGCCAGUGCCACUGGUGCAUCCGAGCCCAAGAACAUGAUCUAUAUGAGUCGGCUGGGUAUCUGGGGAGAGGGCACAUCUUUCAGCACUUUUGAUGAGUUCUUGCACGCAAUUGAAAAGAGGGGUGUAGGAGCCAUGGAGAUUGUUGCCAUGGAUAUGAAGUUGAGUGGUAUGUACAUCGCACGGCAGCUCAGUUUCACCGGUGUCAAUUUCCGAAUUGAGGAAAUUCCCCUGGAUGAGUCUUUCAAACAGAUGUACAACAGAGCGGCACAACUGUGGGCAGAAGCACUGACUGUUUUUCAGACAGCAGCUGACUGGAUUGGGUUGGAAUCUCGAAAGUCUCUGUGGGGUCAGUUCUGGUCAGCACAUCAACGAUUCUUUAAGUAUUUAUGUAUUGCUGCCAAAGUACAGCGUCUGGUUGCUUUGGCUAAGCAGGAACUGUCCAAGGGCAAGUGUGUCGUUAUUGGUUUGCAGUCUACUGGGGAAGCUCGGACACGAGAAGUUAUGGAUGAAAAUGAUGGUCACCUUGACCGCUUUGUGUCAGCUGCUGAAGGAGUGUUUAAGUCCCUGAUCUUAAAACAUUUCCCAUCAAGCAAACGGAAACGUGAGAAAAACUUGUUAAAAAGGAAAAAACGUGGGAAACAGCGUAGUGGAAAGCUCUCGCGUGGAGAUUUUGUGGGGUUAAUCCGAAACAGUGAGGAGAGUAGUUCGGACUCUGAAGGUGUGCUGGAUAGCGAUUUCAACUCUUCUCCUGAAUCCUCCCAGGACAAUGAUGAUGUCAUAUUUGUCGAACACACAUUUAAUGGACUCCUAGUGCCUGAUCGUGGUCCAGAACAAGUAGAACAAAUGAAGAUGGAUUUGUUGGCCAAGGUCAAAAAAUUAGGAAAGGUGUUACCUCUAAAUACAUUGGAUGUACUUAUAGACCAACUUGGGGGUCCAGACAAAGUGGCAGAAAUGACCGGUAGGAAAGGACGUGUGGUCCGUCGCCUUGAUGGUGUGGGGUUUGAAUCUCGAGCUGAGCAUAACCUAUCAAUAGAUAAUGUCAACUUGCGGGAGAAGGAGCGUUUUAUGAAUGGCACAAAACUUGUGGCGAUUAUAUCAGAGGCAUCGAGUUCAGGGAUUUCCCUACAAGCUGACCGUCGAGUAAAAAACCAACGGCGACGAGUGCAUAUGACACUGGAACUACCGUGGAGUGCUGACAGAGCCAUCCAACAGUUUGGUCGCACACACCGGUCUAACCAAGUCUCUGCCCCGGAGUAUGUUUUCCUUAUAUCCGAACUAGCAGGAGAGAGGAGAUUUGCUUCUAUUGUGGCAAAGAGACUGGAAAGCCUGGGUGCCCUUACUCAUGGGGACAGAAGAGCUACAGAAUCAAGAGAUCUCAGCAAGUAUAAUUUUGAGAACAAGUAUGGGUCAAGAUCACUGGAUCAAAUCUUAUCUGCGAUUCUGAACCAAACUCAAAAGGAUGUUCCUCCCCCACAAGGGUACCCCGGAGGUCCUGCCACUUUCUUUCAGGAUAUAAAGCAAGGUUUGCUGUCAGUGGGGAUUUGCUGCAGAGAGACAAAGUACAAUGUUGUCGUUGACAAAGAGUGUUCUGUGACAAAGUUUCUGAAUCGGAUGCUGGGUCUAGAAGUCCACAAGCAGAACAGCCUAUUUCAGUUUUUCACCGAUACAUUUGAAUUUCUUAUUGAGAAAGAUAAGAAGGAUGGGAAAUAUGAUAUGGGCAUUCUAGACCUAGCUCCUGGAGUGGAUGAGAUAUAUCAGGAAAGCAAGCAAACUUACUUGACUCCAGGACAUCCUCAGGAUGGACAGGUUGUAUUUUACAAGAUCAGCGUGGAUCGUGGCAUGAAUUGGGAGACAGCUGUGGAAAAAUCUGAACAUCUUCAAGGUCCAAAUGAAGGCUUCUACCAGUCAUAUAAGGUACGAGGCGACAUGUACUCAGCAGUCUUGGCUGAGCAUAAACAAGGGAAGUAUUUUAACCUGUACAAACCCAACAUUGGCAAGCAGUGCCAAUCAGAAACGCUGGACAGCUUGUUGAGCAAGUAUUAUAAGGUAUCUGCAGAGGAGGCUCAGCAGCACUGGGAGCGUCAGUAUGAAUUCUCUCUAAGCAACUGUUCCCAUACCAUGUGGAACGGGAAUUGCAAAACCGUGCAUCAAGGAAAGGAGUGUGUACAGGGUCUACGCCUUCGACAUUAUUACAUGUUGUGUGGCUCUCUGCUCCGAGUCUGGAGUCGGAUGACGUCUGUGAUUUCUGACAUUACAAGCAGUAGCUACCUACAGAUUGUACGUUUAAAAACCAAGGAUAAACACAAGCAAGUGGGCAUAAAAAUUCCAGAGGUGUGUGUGUAUAAAGUCCAAGAGGAGCUCAGGCAAAUGCAUAUGAGCGUGAAACGCAGACAUGAGGAAUCUCGCCAGAAUGCCCAGCGUCAGUGUUUGACCCCUCUACCCUCUGCAUCCCUUCCUUUGGAUUUCUCUUUACCUUUAUUUCAGUCAGCCCCUUUUUUAGAAUCAGACAUUUUGGACUUGACUUGCAGUCCUCCACCACCACCCACACAGGAACAGCAUGGGUAUCCUUUUGAAGCUUUGGGGAGCAUCCUUUCCAAUGACUUUCUCCGCAGCGAGCCUGUUAAUGUCAAAGAGAUCAUAGAGGAGAUGCUUCAAAAAGCUAAAGAGCCAUCAGCUUCGGACCGCCAGAGUGUCAUCCAGUAUGGAGGGGAACAAAACUUCUGGGGUACAGGCUGACAACUAAAGGUGUUCCAGUGAUAUCAGACCAGCAGCUCUGCUCCUGAGCACUGCUGAGGCGGUUUUUGGGGAAGACAGUUUAGCAGAGUUUUGGUUUCACCAACCAGCUCCAUUACAAAACUGAGUACUUUACAGAAAUAUGAGAAGAGAUCGGAAAUCUCAUGCGCCAAAGCAAGCAGUACACCAUUCAUCGUUUUCAGAGGACCAAGUGUCAUGCUUAUUUUGACUUCCCAACAUAAUACCUAACAAGUCCCCAUUCUUACUAACUGGCUGACACAUCAGGUGCUGUAAACUGCAGUCUGUCCCUAUUUUGUGGGACUUGAGCAGAAUUCACAUCGGGUGCACAACACUGUGUGUUUCUGUGCUCCUUAAUUUGAUCGGCUUAGGGUAGCCUCGAGAUCCGUGUUCCCGUGUACAUAGGUUCUUCUGUGUUCAUGAGCUGUCUUCUUGCAGCGCACAGCACUUUAUUGUCUCCUCGGCCGAGCUUUAUACACUGCUGGCUAAACAAGCCUUUUGCAGAGCAAUAGCAUGUGAUACCCGUAUACAGAGAAGGGGUGGGAAAAGACUGAUCUUUUAUUUGUUCUUUUAACCCUUGCUAAUCUUUGCACUAUUUGCUGCCCCAUGACCACCUCCCUGUGGAUAGAAGGGGCCUGGGUGUCUGCUCAGGGUAUGUUUGUAUAGAAAUAUUUAUAUCCAUAUCUGUAUGUCUCAGGCUGGGUACUGUUUGCCAGACAGAGGCAGACACUGUUUUAAGUUUUGAUGCCAAAGACCUUUUAUUUCUCCUUGUUAUUACAUAUUUAAUUUUGUCAUGUUGGAACUCUAGUGUUUUCCCAGUUCCCUGUUCAGAGCACUUCUUUUGGCUAUUCCAUCAGAAAUAUAAAAAGGGACGGCUGCAGCACUUCUAGUCGUUAGCAGAAUAGCACUCCGUAUAGACGAUGCAUUCAACACAAACAUACCUCCUAAUGCUCCCAAAAAAUAUUCAAAUGCACCUCACCCUUGGGUUUUGGUCAUAUGAUGUGAGCUCUUCUGUUUUCUGGGGGAGUCUUGCAACUUGUAUUGUUGAAAUGGGAAAAAUAUGCAAGUCCUGUUUUUAGCUUUCUUUCGGGUUGUGACUGGACAUUAAGUUAUUGAAUGUAUAGGUAAGUAUGUUGAACAGGUGAAUCUGGGGACACAUACCUUGUAUCACAUUGGCCUUCGCUAUGGUUAAAGGGUCCAGGCUCCUUAUAUUCAUUACUUAUCCUCAGGAUAUGUCAUUAAUAACAGAUUGUUGACCAUCCAACACCCCGCUCCCCACCGAUCAGCUGGGUGCUGGAACCGGCGCCAUCAAUGGAACAGGAAGCACAGCUCUGUUCAAAGUGUAGUGGCCGUGCGGCAUUACUGCAUCCCAACUCUCAUACUCUUCAAUGGACGCUGAGCUGCAGUAACCCAACACGGCCACUACACUUUGAAUAGAGCUGUGGUUCCUGUUGCGUUCAAAGUGCUAGUUCUUGCGCCAAAGGCUAAAAGGAUUAGCCGAUAAAUGAUUUUUCCUGAGAAUAAAGCCUCAUUCACACGUCAGUGAUUUCCAUCAGUGAUUGUGAGCCAAAACCAGGAUUGGAUCCUCCACAGACACAAGGUAUAAGGGAAAGAUAUGCACCUGUUCUGUGUAUAGAGCCGCACCUGGUUUUGGCUCCCAAUCGCUGACGUGUGAAUGAGGCAUAAGUCAUCCAUAUCAGGAGCCUGGAAAAGCCCUUUAAUGUAUUACCAUUUUUUCAUCUAGGUAUGUACAAAGCUAUUGCUAUAUCAAAAUGAAGAAGUUGAACGUCUGUGCUUUUCCUGAGUUAUGGCUGUUAAUCAGCGGCUGCUGUGUCUGCUGCCAUUUUUGGCUCACUGCCUUUUCUGAAGAUCUUGGAGUGUUUUUCCCUUGUUCAUUUUAGGCUCCUGACACAAUUGUGUAAGCCUUACAUCUGACAGUGGACGUCUGGUAACAGACAUGUCCCACUUCUUGCUCCAGGCACCCUGAGUUAUCCCAUAACUGGAGCUGUGCAAGAAAGCAUUACCGUAUAGCAAAAAAAGUAUAUGCAAUGUCUCUCAACCAGUGCCUUGCUAUGUACACCAGGUGGUGUGCACCACUGCUCGACUGCUGCACCUCCUAUUUUAUGUGUCUUUGUGUUUAUUAAAUGCCGAAUUUUAUCUCAGGUAUUUAACCCCCGUUUACCUGUCAGGGGGAGGGGUUCUGCAAAACAUUUCUCUGGAAUUUUAAAUGCAUGCCUCUGUGGCAGUUAAAGGGGCCAAGAGGAGCUGCUGUCCCCUCCAUUCUGUCACGUUCUCUCUAUGUGUACCCAGUGAGAUCACUUCAGUGCCUGUGAUCGAUCAUGUUUUACAGUUAAGUUAUUAUGGCUUGUGUGUGCUACUGAUUCUGUGUCCUGACACACGCAGGUCUUCUACACAUAUUUAUAAGUCUGUAAUAUAUAUAUAUAUGUAUACAGUUUUAUUUAGAAUAUGUGCCUUCAACUAAUUCCUACAUUUUUCUAUUUGUAACUGAAGGCUGAAUUCAGCAGCUCAGUAAAAGUUUCAAAUGUCAAUGCAAA